AUGUCUCCCAUCCCGGAUCGGGUACAUGCUUCGACGUCCCUCAUUCCUUUCCUUGACGGCGACUGUAGAGAGCUUUCUCUCUCCAUCCCAAAGCACAUCACAUCUUGACAAUAGGAAUGUCCUAUCCAAAAUCGACAGGUGCAGGUCGGAAAUUCUCCAUUAUACAAGGUAGAGAGAAUGUUGGGUGCAGGAGGUUUUGGGCUGGUCUACAUUGGACGAAGGGUGGCUGGUGGAUCUCAGGGCGAUGGGCCCAAUGUCUUUAAGGUUUAGUUUCAACCUCCCAUCACUCCUGCCAAGGGAAUCUUUAAAUACUGCUGUUUUAUGUUGUCUCUUUCAUUUUCCUGCGGUGGGUGUAGGUAGCACUGAAGUUUGAGCAUAGAAAUAGCACGGGUUGCAGAUUUGGCCCCCCAUAUGAAUGGCAAGUUUAUGAGUAAGAAGACACCCCCUACUGCUCUAAUUUAUUACGUAUUGUGUCGAUCUAAAACUACGUUCUUCAUCUGACUUUGUGAAUAUGGUUUUAGCCAUCUCAAGGGAUGCUAUGGAUUGCCUAGGGUGCACUACAAGGGCCGCCAAGGAGAUUAUUUCGUCAUGGUUGGCGUAGAGUCUUUCAUUUUAUUGUUUCCUCGAAUUAUGUUUUUUAUUGAAAGCUAAUUAUGAUAUUGUUGAUGAUGAUUGCUGCAGAUCAUGGACAUCCUUGGACCAAGUCUCCUGGAUGUGUUCAUAUCCAUUGGGCAAGUGUAAGAAAAUAAUCUUGACUUCAUAUUCAAAGUCAAUAUUCUGUUGAGAAUUGUGCUAUUGAGUUUGACUAACUCCUUGGACAGAAUGCCACCAAAUAUGGUGGCUUGUAUUGCUGUGGAGGCAAUAUCCAUCCUUGAGAAGCUACACCAAAAAGGGUACGUAUGGCUUUGUGGCAGUGUGAUAUUUUUUCAAUUAAAUUUUUGCAAAGGUCACAGUAAUCAAUUCAUUGCUCCCUUGUGCACUCCCCUCCCUCCCUCCACCCACACAAAAAAAAAAACAUGCCAGGUUUGUGCAUGGAGACGUCAAGCCAGAGAAUUUAUUGUUGGGUAAACCCAGAAGCUCAGGGGAGAAGAAGCUUUUUCUCAUCGACUUUGGGCUGGGUAUGUUGCUGCAUUCCAAUCACUUCUUGUUUUCACCUUUCGCACCUAUUGAUUUUAGAGUAGGGUUUGUUUUUCCAAGUAUAUAAACAAAUUCGUCUUGACUGAGAAGUCCCUGUCUGUAUCAACAUCAGUGAUAUUUUUGUGCUUUGUUCAGAGCCUGUACAAAUGCUAAUUGGUGUCAUUAAUAUUUUAAUCAGCUUCAAUGUGGAGGGACAGUUUGUCAGGCCAGCAUGUCAGCUUAUGCCAACAGCCAGAUAAUUUCAGGUUUUUUGGGAAACGAUAUUCUAUUUUUUCCCUAAAUUCUUAGCUAAGAGGAGGAUUCAUAAAAUCUUACCCCUACCUUACUAUCUAUCUCAUGUUCCCUAGGGGCACAACACGAUAUGCAAGCGUCCAUGCACAUUUAGGCCUCACAGCGAGUAGAAGAGAUGAUCUUGAGUCAUUGGCCUACACUCUGAUUUUUUUGAUUAAAGGAAGGCUGCCGUGGGAAGGCUAUCAGGUUUGCUUUCACCUCUACUUGUACAUGUUCUCCCAUCUCUUUGAUUGAUCACUUGCUGAUUCUUAUGCCAACUAUGUAGGGGAAUGACAAGAGGUUUCUAGUCUUCAUGAACAAGACUGUAACCUCCCCCGAGACGCUGUGUGGUGGCUGUCCCCCUCCUUUUGCACAAUUCCUUGAAGCAGUGAAGAAGAUACAAUUUGUUGAGCAGCCCACCUACUCGAAGCUCAUUUCUCUUUUUGGAAGCUUGAUAUGCCCCCCCUGCACCCUGUUAAAGACCAUUCGGAUUGAUGCAAUUUUGAAGGUGGUUGCAAACAUGACAUCACUGAAAUUACCUCACAUAUUUUUAUUUUAUGUCAGAUGGUUUUAUCUCUUUUUCAUGGCUCUAUCAUCUGUUGUUAAAUAGGCUGACCAUGUUUCCAACAGGUUCACCAAAAACGUGGAAGAUUGCAGGUAAAUAAUGAAGAAGAUGAGUGUCAUAGAAAGAAACGGAUAAAAUGUUUGAUUGAUGACAGACCAUGACCAUGUACAUGUAAGAAUAUAAAUAAAAUCUGUAAAGUGCCAAUUGAGAAAACAUAAAUCUCAUGACUAAAUUAUUUAUUAUUAUUGUUCUUAUUUAUUCAUAAAGAAAAUGAUAGUUUAAAAGCCUGAUAUUAAGGGCAUGAAUAUAAUACUUUUUUAAUGUAAUCAUAGCUAUUGAUAAAGGUGUGUAAUUAAUAUUUAUGCAAAAACAGAAACUAUAUCAAUCAAUGAUAAUAAUACAAGACAACCAUUUAGAGGGCGUGAGUAUAAGUAGUAUAAUAUCACAGUUACUCUUGCUAGGAAUAUGUAUCAUUUAUUGCCAACAUUUAAACUUUAGAAAUGUUUUGUACCUACUAUCUAUUCACCUUGGAAAUGGCACCACUUUGGACGUAACCUAUUGAGUACAGGAAUAUAAUAUGUUUAAGUACGUUCACACUUACAAAUUAUCAGAAAUAAUUAUUAGACCGAUAAAUGUAAAUUUUAUGCAUAAAUAAUGAAUAUUACUUUUUUAUAAGAAAGCUGGCACAUAAAAAUACAGUAUUAAAGGGAAGAAAUCUAAUAUUAUUUCAUACAAUCAUAAUGAUUAGUUGCAAUGAAUAAUUACUAUAGUUUACCAAAAUGAAAAUUUUAUCAGUAAAUAAAUGAACACUACAAGUAUUGGAUUAAAUGGCACGAAUUUGAUAGUUUAGGUUAUAUUUAUAAUUACUAAUCACUAUGAUUAAAAUUAUUUAUUAGAAUAUGUAAAGUUAUGAAGAAAUAAGAAUUAUGUAUUGGAAGCUUAUGUGUCCACCAAAGGACACACAUCCACCCCAUAAUGUGUUUAGAACCACAUGUAGUCCAAAACUGAAAGUAAUGUAAUGUCGUAAUUGGUUCCCAUCAUAGUAAAAGUAUGAUUUCUUUAGUGAUGAUCUAAAAAUUAAGAAGCAUCUAGAUUCAUAGAAGAUUGGGUAUAUAAAGAGGAGUUUGAAAUAAAAGUCGCAUAGUUAUGCUUUGUAAUGUUUUCAAUUUGAAAAGCAUAUCUUGACAAAGUUAAAUCUUAUAUGAUUCACAUGAAUGAAUGUCAUCGUAUAUACUUUUUAUACAUUGCACCCUCUAGAUGUUUUCCUAAACUUGAAGAAAAAUGUACCCAUCGUCAAAUCUUGAUUCAUUCUAUUGAUGAGUGGAAAAUAAAUUUCUUGUCUAAACUAAGACUUUAAGCAUAAGUAGGAAGUUAUUGUAUUAACAAGUGUGCCGACCAUUACAUUUAUGAGGAUGAUGAAUUAAUCAUGGAAACUAUUUAUUGAAAAAAAUUAUUAUCUAUUUUGACUGUAGUCUAAUGUAAAAUUGUAAUUAAGAGUUACAUAAUUCUAUAUGCGACCCCUAUUAAAUGUUUUUGAGCCAAAUCUAUAUUGUAUAUAAAUUUGUAUAUAGUUUUACACAUAUAAAAUGAGAUUUUUGCCUUUUUAAGAAUACAUGUACAAUAUUUUCAAGUAAAUUGAUAAUAUUUUCAAGUACAAUAUUUUUACCUUUAUUAUUUGUUAAUAUAAUGUCUUUUUUUGUCAUAAUAGGAAACCACUGAUAAGUUUUCAUUAUCAUGACUUUUUAAUUAGUAAAUAAUAUAUUUUUAACCUUAACUCAUGAUAAAUAGACUUAUAUUUCUAUUAAAUUAUGAAAAAUAGUUUUCAAUUGAUUAAUGUGAUUUUUUUAGCUAAUUAGAUAAGUUUUUUAUGUAUUUAUAUGAUUUUUAUAAUCCUAUUUUUUGAGAUAAAUCAAGAAAAAGAAAUUAAAAUAAAAAUAUAGCAAAAAAUGGAGACCCGUCAGCCAACUGAGCCUGCAAGUAGGUCAGAAGCAUAGUUGGGGGGACCGCGAGCAAGGGCUUGGGUGACUAGGACCAAUGGAGACAUGUGUGCACCACUCCCCUUCCACGUCACCAAUGGCCAGCCAAGUUUGAGGCAAGGAGUGGUUGUACAUGUGAGAGAAAAGUACUUAUUACUUGUAAAUGUGAUAUUACUAUAUAUUUGCCUAAAACUUUGGCACACAAGUGAUGUGAGACGAAACCCACAUCACACCUUCCCUUGAAAAGCUUUGAAGAUUUUAAUACUUAAAUUACUUCUUAAUUAUAAUAGAGAUAUACUAUGACGAUGUCACUUGAUAAGGGCAUUAGAGUACUUAUUUUAAUCUCUCUCAUGCAGGCGGGCAAUAUGUAUGGGUUUGAAUCCUCCUAG